AUGGAAAACCAGCUAUGGCAUAACACCGCGGGGUGCUGCAAUCAAUACCAAGAAAGCCCCCAGGAUGCCGAGGACAUCUUAUUCCUGCUGCUGGGCCUCAUCAUUCUUGUCAACAUUGGCAUCAACGUGGCAACUGUGAUGUGGCAUGGGCUGCAGAACAUCUUGGACAAGAUGAUCGAUUGCACAAAUCAGAAGAUUGAAGUUCAGCCUAGUGAAAGUUCCUCCAAAGGCCUCCCAGCCAAGGUCCAGGAUGUCCAGAUCCACUGCAUCCUGGACCCUGUACAGGUGAAGAUGACCCGACCCACAUGCUACUCCUCUCCCUCCUGCCAUGGUCUCGGUAACUGCCGCAGCCGCCUCAGCAGUCGCAGUCGCAGUCGCAGCCGCAGCCACCGCCGCAGCAGCCGCAGCCGCCACCAGCGCCAGCGCCGCUGCAGCCACCAGCAGAGGCCACAGAACCACAGACGACUCUCCCAUGGCGGCUCAUUCUUCCGUAACCAGCACGGCCGCUCAAUUUUCCCUAACCAUCACAGCCGCAAGACGUCACAGCUAAGGCGAAAGUCCUUCUUUGAUCCAGAGGACCCAGACUCCUACCUGGAGGAGGAUGAUCUGGCCUUUCCAUACCCCAAGUACCCACGUGGGGGCUGGGGUGGGCUCUGUCCACGAAUGGGCCUGCACUCCAACAUGAGGCUAUGGGGCCGCCGGGGUGGAAUCCUGGCCAGCCUGCCCCCACCCUCUCCCUACCUGUCACCUAAGCUGCGCUGCAUGCCCAAGCGUGUGGAGGCCAAGUCUAAGCUGAGGCUGCAGUCCUAUGGGCCCCCCUCACAAUGCCGAAUUUGGGGCAGUGUGGAAGCUGAGCAGCGGGCCUCAUCUCCACCACCUCUCCGCCGGCUGCCCCCUAACCCUUCCUGGGUCCCUGGGGGGCACAGCCCUUACCCUGCAUCGGGCCUAAUACUGUAUGACUCCUGGGAUCAGCGGCGGCGUGGAGUAGAGAGCUCUGAGCCCCCACCUGCCUUGGUGUCCCGGAACUCCCGGCCUGAGGCCCAGGGCUACCGGGACCACUAUUCCCCCCAAUCCCGCCGGCGGAGCCUGCCUGGUCAUGCUCACAGCCAGCCCAACCGCAGCCCCCACCCAUCCAUGGGACACUUGGGCUAUAGCUCCCGGGAUGCCCACGAGGUCCGGCGCCAGGUGGCCGACUGGUCUGAGGCUCCACCUGCUCGGCAUCCCCUGACCACCUCUGCCUCCAUCACCGUGUUGGGGGAGAACUCACACCAACGGGCCCCAGCCGCCCUGCUCCCCCACUCCUCCCAGCCCCUGCCUGAAGUCCAGGCUGCUGAUUCCGCCCCACCCCCGUCCACCUUUGUCCCACUCAGCCGGAAUCCAGGGGGCAAUAUUAACUACCAGGUGUACGACAGCCUGGAGCUAAAGCGGCAGGUGCAGGAGGGCAGAAUACGGGCCAACUCACUGCCACUGCCUUCCACCUCAGCCUCAAGGCCCUCCCUGCACAGAAACCGGGCCGGGAAACUCAACUGA